UAUUUAUGGAAUUCCUAAUUAAUUUAUAAGUGACUCACAUAUUCUAAACGUGAAUUGCAAUUUCAAUUAACAAUGAAUGUGGUAGUACAUUCAAAAACGAAAGAGCCAACAUUAGCAUGGAAUAAGGAGAUAUCGAAGGGACAAAGCGUUAUCAAAGUACAUAUGAAUCCGCUGCAAAGGGACAUUCCAAAAAAUAAAGUGCGAGUUGUAUGUAUGAGCGAUACGCAUUCACUGACUCAUCGGAUUCAGUUCGAUAUAUGUGACGGUGAUAUUUUUAUUCAUGCUGGAGAUUUCACAAACACAGGCAAGAGGGAGGAAGUGAUAGGAUUUAAUUCGUGGCUUGGCUCAUUACCACAUAAACAUAAACUGGUCAUUGCUGGCAAUCAUGAACUGAGUUUUGACCCUUCUCAUAAUAAGCCACUGGUGCUAUCGCAAGUCCCUGUUUUAGACGACUGUCCCACAUCAGACAAUGGUCGCGAUUUUCGAGAAUACCUCACCAAUUGUACAUAUUUAGAGGACCAGUUAGUAGAAUUGUACGGACUGAAAAUAUAUGGUACACCAUGGCAACCAGAAUUCGGUAAUUGGGCUUUCAAUGUUCCCCGCGGGCAAGAUAUCCUGGAUAAAUGGAACAAAAUACCAGCAGACAUUGACAUUCUUAUUAGUCACGGACCACCAAUAGGCCAUGGUGACUUGUGUCGAUCUGGGCUUCGAGCCGGUUGCGUUGAACUUCUGUCGACAGUUCAACAGCGGGUCAAACCGAAAUUCCACAUUUUUGGUCAUAUUCAUGAAGGCUAUGGCGUCACAUCGGAUGGCAAAAUUACAUUUAUUAAUGCAACGACAUGUAAUUAUCAAUAUCAACCCGUGAAUCCGCCAAUUGUGUUUGAUAUGGAUUUGCCGAAAGAUUUUUCGAAAGAUUAGAAUUUACGUGACGUCCUUUUCGGUCAUGAUGAUUUUCUGUUGUAUUUUCAAAAAUUAAAUUAGAAUUUUAAUUGGGAAC